CCCAGCAUUGGUGCGUGCAGUUUUUUUCACAAAGCUAUUUUCAUGCAGCGUGCCCCUUCUUCUAAAGCUGUAUUCUGAUAUAUCGUUGAUUAUUGAUAGAAUUCGGUGACUGUCCAACGAUUGUUUCUUCUACUGUGCCAUAUAUCACUACCAAGCCAUUCGCUAUCCAACGGCUUGCGAUUAGCUGGACUCCGCAGCAGCAGCAUUAACCCAACGACGUGUUUGAUUACAACUGUGAGCAAAGCAGCUUAUUUUGCAAGCUCACAUGAUCAACGUGACAAUUUUUAACAGCAUGACAAUCCUGAUAGCUAAGCAGCUGAUACCGAAUAAAUUCAUCGUUCUCUGAGCAAGUUCUUCGUGUGGCAGAGUUCGAGAACCAAGUUCGCGACCUUUAGAUCUAGUUCGCCGCGCGCGGUGACGCGGCCUUUGUACUCUCGCGGAUUGUAGUGAGGCAGUGUGAGAAGAGCCCGUGUGAGCUUUGGUUGCUAAACUUAACCGGUGCGGUUUUGCGAACUUAUCACCAACGCGGUGGUUGUUAUACGUGUCGUCUGGGAGCAGCUUGGCCAGUGGUGAUCAGCUGUGGGGCCCGAGUCCAUCGAGAAGACCCGGGCACCAUGGAGUAUUGGGAUGUCAUCAACGAGGCUAUCGUUCGCCUGCGUGGUCGUAAGAAUCGGCCAGAUGUAGACAACAUCCUCGGCGUACUGAAUAAGAAGAAGCCCACGAUCUCGAAGAACGUCCUCGAAAACGCUCUUAACCAUUUAGAGAAACACAACAAACUUUAUCGCGUUUAUUAUAAAGGACAUACGAGCUAUCGUCAAACAGCGUUCAAAAACAGCGGUUGCGAGGUUGAUGAAAAACAAGUCAAUCAGAACGGAUCCUUCAGCUCUGACACCGAGGAAGACACAGACGGUAAAAGCGAAGCUUUUGGCAGGCCGCUAGCAGACGAGGAUAUGAGCCAGGAUACUAUGGUAACACCUACAGCUCUUGACGACGUGCUGCAGGAUCGAUCACAGUCAGUGCUGAGUUCAGACUCGGAUUCCAUUCAAGAACGCUCUGGAAUGGGCCGAAAACGGCCGCGCCCCACAGAUACGAAGGAUUCGGACCGACUGAAGUUGUCAAUGAAGUCAAAGUCCUCAUCUCUUCCUCUGGCGGCUGCACGAGUAAGCAACCGUAAACGCAUUAAGAAGACUCAUGGGCCCGAUUGGCAGACAGAUAUAUUGCACCUCGAGUGUAAGGUACAGCUGAGCACAUGUGCCGUUUGCAGGUCAAAGGACGUUAGUGGGAAUUUUCUCGCGUGCUCUGCCUGCAAAGUCCAUGUGCACGCCCGAUGCCUCCAGUUGACGGAGCGGUCGGUGGCGAAAAUAUCCGCAAACAAGCAGUUCUAUUGUCUUCGAUGCAAGCCGUGCAAGCUUUGCCACUACGCAUUGGAGGUAUCGGAACGAGACCGGGGGCAAAAUACGCUGUCGCUCGCAUCGAUUAUGGAAGGCGGAGAUAUGAUCCAUUGUUGUCAAUGUUAUUCGGUAUUUCAUCUUGGCUGCCUUAGGCCAGCGCUUCCUGCUAAGCCCAAGGGUCAGCCGUGGAUGUGCCGCAAGUGUAGCUAUGAGGCUAACAAAAAGGAAAAACUUAAAGCGAAUGCGGCUGCUGCUGCUAUGCUGAUGGUUGCGCAGCAGAGACCGCUGCUGCCCGAAAAACACUCGGAGCGGACGUCUGUUUUGUCGGACAAGGACUCUUUGGAUCAGCAGGGAGGGUCAGGGACGGAUUCCGAUCGGGGUCACGCCACGCCGACCAGCAACCAGUCACCGACUGGCGCCGACGCAACUGCCACAACUGCGAAUAUCAACGAGAACUCGUCACUUCGCAACGGCCAUACGUCUCUGGACACGCAAGCGGCUGCCGCGGCAAUGGCAACACUUAGUACUUCUGUGUCACAUGUCGGAUCGAACGGUAGCCUAGCACCACAUAGUAACGGAAGUAGUGCAAGUGCUAGACCAACUCAUGAAGCUGACACUUCGGUUACCGGCACUGCGUUGAAAACAUCCGUCUCUAUGAUUCGAUCGAAACGGUCGCCGAGUGUUGCGGAGAAAGCGUCUGUUCAAAAGCAACCUGAUAAUAAGGCCGGGGGAACACUAAGCACAAGCUCAAAUUUGGGCACUAGCAAUGGUGCUAGCAAAAAUGGUUCUGCAACAACUAACGGAGUCGUCACUGGUAUAGGGAUCGUCACGACGCCAGCUCCAACGACUGGGUCUGUAUCAACUAAGAAGAGUACAACCUCAACAACCACUAAGGGCAGCGUUGGUGGAACUGGCAAGACUGGAAGCAACAGCCUGCUCAGCGGCAAUGUAUCAGCAACUGCUGUAAAUAGUGGUAACAAAACAGCAUUCAAGAGCACUCAUAAUAACAAUAGUAAUAAUUGUAACACGAACGGCUCAAGUAUUGGUAAAACUGUUACAGCCAACACAAAAGAGGAAUCAACGCCGAACGGCCAAACAGGAGCGACGGCAACUGAGAAUCGAAAAUCCUCAGAGCUUCGUAAGAAACUUUUGGAGAUCACAGCUCCACUGGCAAUCAGCAAUAGUGGCGGUGGUAAGACAGACGAAUCGAAACUAGAUAAGCCAGAUCAAGCAACCCAGGAACAAACUAACAAGAUAAAGGUGGAAGAGCAAGGAAGGCAACUCGUAUUUAUUGCUGGCAAAACUCCGCCGAACACCAAACUUCCGGCAAUUCCUACCCUGCCGAGAUGUGAAGUCACUUUCCAUAUACCAAAACAACUGAGCGUGUCCACUUCUUCCUUAGAGGGUCCUACCUUAACGUCCUUAGCUUGUUCGACUCCCACAACGUUAACCGCCACAUCAACCAGUAGUAUUCAUCAUGUUAUACCUGCUCCCGUUGGCUCAAUGAUGAGUCCUGUCUCAGCUUCAAGCCUGGCACCUAUUGUAAUUACGUCAAUUCCAAAAAAACCAGGUGAAGAUAACACAUUAUUGUCUGGUGGUGCGAAUUCACUUCUCACUUCAACCGGUCGUCAAAGUGAUAACCUCCCACUGGCAGCAAGCCUUUCGCAGAUUCAGAUUGUGCCAGUCAGUCUGGCAGCUGCCCCUCCAGCGGUGCCAACGGCUACGCAUUCAGCCCCAUUAGCUUUGCCGCAUCCGAUGGUGACAUCAUCACAAACCCCAGAGCCUAAGGUUCUGAGCUCCGGGGCACCGGUCGUUAGAACAGCCAAGCUGUCGCAAUAUGCGGUGCACUAUCCCAACGUAUCCGACUGGAGUGCCGACCAGGUAGCUCAGUUCCUUGCAAAGAUGGGCUAUGAAAAAGAAUCAAAAGUUUUUGUCGAGCAGGAAAUUGAUGGAGCUUCUUUGCUACUGCUUAAGCGAGCCGACGUUCUCAGUACACUCGGCUUGAAGCUUGGACCUGCGGUUAAGAUCUUCCGACAUAUCAGCAAUUUACAGGAAGUAGUUGCUCCCUGAGGGUAGGAUUGCAUAGUGAGAUGCAAGGAAGAUUUCUCUUUGUCAGUCGACCAUUGCACUCCAGUUAGCCUUAGGCCUCCGACCUAAUUGUGUCGACGAACAUUGCCGUACAGGCCGUUGUUCGUGAAUUUUGUGAAUAGAAGCUAUGCAGCAGCCAGCCGCUUAAGGUCCUUAUAUGCACACAUGAACAAUUCUAAUAGCUGAGUGGCUUUGUUUUGUUGCGUCACGGCAUUGCCCCUUCUAUCCUGCGCUUUUCCGGACCACUAGAAAGAAAAAACAAGCAACCAUUAGACAGGACGUCAUACGUCUGCUGCAUGCGGAUCAGUGCAAUGGAGUCGGUAGAACGAAAUUGACGAAGAUUAUGUAAAUUUUUUGGUUAACGCCACCGAAACAGGAAUGUUUGGCCUGACGCUUGGUCGCACGUUUCAUGUGCAUUUCCAUACAGAAUAAGAAACGCAAUGUGAACAACAAGGUUCUACCUUUGUUUUACCGAUAAGUUAUUAUUAUGAAUGGCGCUGAGUAUUAAACAUUCUGUACAUUGUAUAUCCCCAGUUACGCUAGAGCAUGGCAUUUUGAUUCGUCUAUAUAAUAUAUUUUGACUCCGGACGUGAAAAGUCUAAAUGGCCUAGGCAUAUUAUUUCCUUUCCACGUUUCACUAGGAAACGCUACUCUCUAAUACCUGAAAAGUCAUUAGAAGAUGAUUCUACCAAUACACCUAACAAGAACACAGAGCACUUAGGGUUAAAUAACAGAGAGUAGUACUUAGAUGGACGAUUAAGGAAAAGCUCCAUUUCAAGCCGAAGCUGGGAGAGUUGUAUGGGAAAUGUCCUCUCAGUGAGCGAAAUAAAGAGAUCGGCACAAGGAAAGAGCAAGAGAAUAAGCUAUUACCGGAAUAUGCGAAUUUCCACUGCAAUUGAAUUCUUCCUACGCAAUGGCUUCAGCAAUGGCUACGUUAUAUUCACAGGCAACAUAAAAACGAGGUAGAACGAUUAUGAGGACGUCUGUAACACUACGAACAUAGCACAUAACGUACCGUUGGAUACACACUGCGAAAAGACUGAAGAUCGCUAAAAUAACUGGUGGUAAUAAUGUCAAUACCUGAAUAUUUAUUUCAUGCGAAGAGAAAUGUUCCACGGUGUUUUUUGAGAGUGUAAAAAUGCGAACGCCGACGCGAAACACACUCCCGGAGCGAUUUCAUAUUAUGUUAGUACAUAUGUAGACUAUAGAUGGAGCUAUAAAUUGUACAUGUUGACAGAGCCGUAGUUACCGUCGAACACUGAUGAUUAUCAAUUAGUCACCAGUGGAUUAAAAUGCACGUUCGCAAACCUCUGUUUCGUCAUGCAGCUUUUGCUCUUCGUAUUAAGUUACUUAUUGCCUUACGUCUUUUUACGCGUUGCCUUCGUUGUAUUUACGGUCGGCAGUUAUGUAGAAAACGUGAACGUUGCGCACACUCAUAUAAGUAUCGUGAUGACAGAAAAUUCGAAUUUGAAGUUACAGUAGGAGGCUAGAGAAAUGAGAGGUAAAAAUUUAUCGACAAUAACCCUCGCGAUGUAAAGCAAAUAUGUUUUCAUAGAAUAAAAUGGAGAAGAUUGUAAAGAACAUGUUUGUUCUCCACUUUGCUCUAACGUAUCCAGUCGAUUCUCAUAUUAAGUGCAGCUUUUUUGCUAUAAAUAUAUAUAGACGAUAUGGAUGUUGAGUUAAGGACGUAAACCGUUCGAUGCUCUAUUCGAAAACACGAUCAAUCAGUUCUGCCCUAGGUAUAACGAUCCCACCGGUGGAAAAUCGAUGCGAUAACGAUUAAAAUAGUUUGUCGAUAGACGAAUGUAGAAGUGGACGCCAAACGGUGAUCAUUGAUCAUUGUAGUGCAUAGUAGAGGUGAACUGUAUUCUCUACGUGUAUUGUAUCACUGUUGAGGUUGUACAUAUCGCAAAUAAGCUGAUCUAUAUAAUGAUAUAUAAACUAUAUGAUGAAAAAAAAAGAUGAAUUCGUUUAUGCGAACACUGUCACGGGAGAAAUUAGUUAAACUGAUACGCUAAAUAAGGCGGUAAUGAAAUUAUUAAUAUUUUAUUAUAAGUAUCGUAUUAUAAUUCUGUCAUUAAGGUGAUCGAUCACCAGCGUCGAGCGUCAAUAAAGUGACACCCGAGAGCCAACAAGGAGAUGAAAGAUGUAUUUAUUUCGUAAUGGUACAAUAUGCGAUUUGUACCUAAAAACACUAUAGAAAAUAGAACGCUCUAACGGGAAUGAUCACAAUUAUUAGCUACAGAACGCAGAAUGCAAACGCAAACAACCUGAAUCGCGCUCGAAUUUAGCGGGUCAUCGUGUCGAUCUGGUAAUUUUUAAAGUUGGCCAUAUCUGAUGCGGAGCUUCAAGAGCGGCAGUGAAUAUAAUGUGGUGAACUUCACGCCAGUGCUAAGAAAACAAAUGCUCUGAACCGAUAAAAAAACAUAAUAGAAAGCUGCACUUGUUCGUAUCGAUAACGACCUUUAUCGCGAAUAGCAGCUUCAUUUAAAUGAACACGCUUUCGCGGACGUGCACGUUGUUGUAAACGAAACAAAUAAAAAAUAGUAAAUAUGAUAAUACGAAUUAUUAUAGGUAAUAUAAUGCUAUCAGUUAAAAAUAAUAGUUGUAGCGGUAAUAACGACGAUAAUAUAAAUCAGUAAAA